AGGGCAGUCCAGUCCAGUUCCCCCAAAUUAACCAGUCUUCAUUGUUCUCGUACAACGUCACAUUCGAGUAAAUCAGAUCGAGAUGGGCGGAGAUGCAGCAGGUGACUUCAGAACAAAAGUAUGGAGCAUGCCCGGUGGGCCCAAUUGUCGGCCCGUUCACUGGAAACGCAACACUGCUAUUGCUAUGGUCGGCAUCAUCAUCACUUGUAUUCCCAUCGCCAUGAUUUCCGUCAAGCUCGAGGAACGGCCACAUCUUCCUGUUCGUCCAAUUCCAUCACAACUCUGGUGCAAAAACUUUGGGAAAAAGGAAUACUGAGGUCUGUUGAUUUGUGGGUAUAACAUUACAUAAGUUCUCUGUUGGAAGAAACUUUUGCGAAUUCAUGUAUUUGAGUGAUGUGCUCUGCUGCUGCUGAUUUGCUUUCUUCGGUAGUGCAUAUUUAGCACUGUAUCUUUUUAAAUAAGAUGACUUUCCUGCUUGUUCUGUUA